AUGGACCUGGGCGAGAAUGACGCCUACCCAGGACGCGUGGACGCGUCCUUUUCCGGCCAUAUUCGGGCCAUGCUCUUUUCUUCCUGGCUCAACUCUCUCCUCGUCUUCGUCCCGAUUGGCCUCGUCACGUAUUUGAUGAAAAUGAGCCCGCUCCUAACCUUCACCUCCAACGCCAUUGCAAUCGUGCCGCUGUCCGCUUUAUUGACGGAUGCCACUGAACGGAUUGCGUCCGAUGCCGGUGACACCAUCGGAGCCCUUUUGAACAUUACCCUCGGCAAUCUCGUCGAGUUGAUAAUCUUUAUUGCCCUAGUCAACAACCAUAUUCGCAUUGUCCAAGCUUCCAUCCUGGGCUCCAUCCUUGUCAACCUACUGUUGAUUCUUGGUUCUGCUUUGUUGGCAAGCAAUCUCGCCAACUACGAAUCCAUCCUCGAUGAGGCGGAAUCUCAUUUACUAGCUGGUUUGCUCUUCGUGUCUGUUUUUGUCAUCCUGAUGCCGACGGCUUUUGACUACACCUUCUAUCGCCCGGGAACCACCAAUGCUGCAACUCUCAGCAUGAGCAGAGUCUCGGCAUUGAUAGUACUGGUAAUUUACAUCCUGUACUUUGCUCACGAGAUGAGAUCCCGCCCGGAAAAGGAAAAAUCCACGCCACUCCAGUCGCUAAGUCCCGAAGGUGUCAACAUGUCGGGCACCGAAAUGUUCCCCAUUUUGCGCACCCAGGAUUCAGCCUUUCCGCCCCGGACAAUUCGAUUUUCUGAUCGACCAACGGAAACCACCGCCAGGAGUACGACUCGUGAAGUGAACGGGGUCGAAGUGGGUUUGGACCAGCUCGAAGACGCAUUCAACGAAAACUCGCGACGCAGAAGUGGGGAUAUCAGCACUCGGCCUGGAUCCGCCCAUCAGUACUUCCGCUCGCGCAGGCAUUCCCGAUCUUUCUCGCACAGCUCUAGCCGUGGGUUUCACAGCCGGGAGUCAUCUUUGGGCGGUGGAGGUGGUGGAGGCGGAGUGGCAGCAGCAGGACGCACAACGUUGCAGACGAUACUCGACAGUCCUAAUCCGCACCAACUGGUUCACGAACUUCCGCGCCCCAGCAACAAAGGGGAAAGGAUGGCUUCAGUCAGCGUCCUUAUUUUCACCUCCAUCGUCAUGUCCAUGUGUGCCGAGUUCCUCGUCAGCACCAUUGACGAUGUUACGCACGAGGGUGGGUUGUCAGAAUCCGUCAUUGGACUGAUUAUUCUUCCCGUUGUCGGAAACAUUGCCGAGUACGUCACAGUGGUUACGGUGGCAGCGAGGAAUAAGCUGGAUCUCGCAAUCGCGGUAGCUGUCGGCUCAGCCAUUCAAAUCGCUCUUUGUGUGACCCCCUUGACGGUCAUUGCAGGAUGGAUAAUACAUCGCAACUUGGAAUUGACCUUCAAUUUCUUCGAGACGAUGACCUUGGUGGGCACGGUUCUCUUAGUUAUUCUCCUGGUUCUCAACGACAAGAGCAGUAGCGCUAGGACGAGCGGGUUGAAAGGAGCCUUGAUGGUCGCCUGUUACGGCAUCAUCGGACUCGGCGCCUAUCUCUCGCCCCCAACCAAGGAGUGA